AUGCCGUGUAUCGAUUGUAUGACUCCAACUAAGGCUGGUAAGACAUACCAACUAGAGAUGGACUCUGAACGGAUUGUUCAAAUGUUUGGAACUCUGACAAAGCAAGUGACAAAUAUGACCACCAUAUUCGAAGAACAAUCCAGACUCGUUGAUCAUCGUUUUGCAGACAUAGAAGCAUCUAUUCAACAUGACAAAGAAAGUGUGAAUGGAGAAGAGCUGAAUCAUGAUAGGAUGAAUGCCCGAGAUGGAAAAAAAAACGUCAUGAUAGGAGGAAUGACCGAGACGGCAAAAAACAAAAAUUCCAGCAUGACUAUGAACAAGACCUUGAUUGAAAAGGUGAUGAGAUCAUUGGGAAAAUGCUGA